AAAGUGUUUGGCAUUUUUUUAGAAAAUCUAUUAACAGCUGAAAACUCACUCAAGUUACCAUACCUAAAAUGAUUCAUAAACUCUGUCGAGAGAAGAUUCAAUCUGAAUAUAGUCCUCCAGAAGAUGAGGUACCACUCUUGUUCGAACUUCAGAAAUAUAACGGCCCUCGUAACAAACAAUUUGAGCCUCAUGGCGAAGGAAGGAUCAAAUUCGAAGACGGUUAUCGCUACCAGGGAUCCUUCCGGAAAGGGCAACUCCAUGGACAGGGCCGUUUGUUUUUACGAGAUGGUUACCGAUAUGACGGGUACUGGCGUAAGGGUAUGAAGCACGGUACCGGACAGAUGUACUACCCGGACUGUUCAUGGUAUGAAGGGGAAUUCAAGAAAAACUAUCGGCAUGGCAGUGGGAAGUAUUACUACCCGAAUGGAGCUGUUUACGAGGGCAAUUGGUUCAAAGAUCGACGUCACGGUGUUGGGUCUUACCACUUCAGUAAGGAUGGCAUUACACUGAGGGGCACUUGGGUUGAGGGAACGGCGAGAGGCCCUGCGGAGAUCCUGAUGGAUGGCUGUCGCUUUCAUGGAUAUUGGGACGAAAACUACCCAAUAGGUCCGGGAUGUUUUAGUUUUGAUGCCAAGACCAUUCUCCGCGGAAAGUUUUAUACAGAACCAAUGGAUGGUGAUGCUAGCGGCGACAGGAAACUGAUUUGGCAGCCUGAAUGCUUCGAGGAGUACCGAUAUUCCAAAUUACCUUUAGAAGCAUUACCUCAGCCGGUGAUUGACUCGGAAGUGUCGGAACUAAGCUCAUCCGAUGAUGACGAUGAUGAUGGAAUUGAAUGUUCUUCGGUGGAUUCCACUCAUCGUUCAACGAUCGUCUUGAGUAAAAAAAGCAAUAAGACGGAAGAAUCGGAAAUCGUGCGGCUUUCCGAUAUAUUGCCUAUUUAGAACAAAAUUGUUAAUAGCUAAUCGAUAAAAAAAAUUGAUAAAA